AUGGUCACUAGCAUGGCCUCGAUCCUGGACGGCGGCGACUACCGACCCGAGCUCUCCAUCCCGCUCCAUCACGCUAUGAGCAUGUCCUGCGACUCGUCCCCGCCCGGCAUGGGCAUGAGCAACACCUACACCACGCUGACGCCUCUCCAGCCGCUGCCGCCCAUCUCCACCGUGUCGGACAAGUUCCACCACCCGCACCCGCACCACCACCCGCACCACCACCAUCACCACCACCACCAGCGCCUGUCGGGCAACGUCAGCGGCAGCUUCACCCUCAUGCGCGACGAGCGCGGGCUCCCGGCCAUGAACAACCUCUACAGCCCCUACAAGGAGAUGCCUGGCAUGAGCCAGAGCCUGUCCCCACUGGCUGCCACGCCGCUGGGGAACGGGCUGGGCGGCCUCCACAACGCGCAGCAGAGCCUGCCCAACUACGGGCCGCCGGGCCACGACAAAAUGCUCAGCCCCAACUUCGACGCGCACCACACUGCCAUGCUGACCCGCAGUGAGCAGCACCUGUCCCGCGGCCUGGGCACCCCGCCCGCGGCCAUGAUGUCGCACCUCAACGGCCUGCACCACCCGGGCCACGCUCAGUCCCACGGGCCGGUGCUGGCGCCCAGCCGCGAGCGGCCGCCCUCGUCCUCGUCGGGCUCGCAGGUGGCCACAUCCGGCCAGCUGGAGGAGAUCAACACCAAAGAGGUGGCCCAGCGCAUCACCGCGGAGCUGAAGCGCUACAGCAUCCCGCAGGCGAUCUUCGCGCAGAGGGUGCUGUGCCGGUCUCAGGGGACGCUCUCCGACCUGCUCCGGAAUCCAAAACCGUGGAGUAAACUCAAAUCUGGCAGGGAGACCUUCCGCAGGAUGUGGAAGUGGCUACAGGAGCCCGAGUUCCAGCGCAUGUCCGCCUUACGCCUGGCAGCGUGCAAGCGCAAAGAGCAAGAACCAAACAAAGACAGGAACAAUUCCCAGAAGAAAUCCCGCCUGGUGUUCACCGACCUCCAACGCCGAACACUCUUUGCCAUCUUCAAGGAGAACAAACGCCCAUCUAAAGAGAUGCAAAUCACCAUUUCUCAGCAGCUGGGCCUGGAGCUCACGACAGUCAGCAACUUCUUCAUGAACGCCCGACGCCGCAGCCUGGAAAAGUGGCAGGACGACCUGAGCACAGCGGGCUCCUCGUCCACCUCCAGCACUUGUACCAAAGCAUGAUGGGAGGACUCUCAGCUGGGCACAAGUCACCUCCAAUGAGGACAACCGAUACCAAAAGAAAACACAAAAGAAAAAGACACCGGAUUCUUGGCUGGGGCCCUUCACUGGUGAUUUGAAAGCACAAUUCUCUUGAAAAGAAAGUUCUAUUCUAGCUGUAAUCAUAGGCCAGGUGUCCUUUUUUUUGUUUUGUUUUUAAUGGCUAUGGAGUCCAAGUGCAAGCUGAAAAUAAAUCUCUUUGAACCGGACAUUGUCCUCUGAGCAUGCUAAGCAUCCCAGAAACUCAAAUGGGGCCUUCCUGGAGCAAGUUCAUUUCAGGGUGGUGUCAACCAAGCUCAGGAUUGCUUAAGAUGUCAACAGUCCCAAUUUGGGUCCUAUCAACCUCUUGCAGUCAGAGUUCCCACGAGUUAACAGUGGGAAUUUGGCCUGAGUUUGGGCUCCCGAGAUGCUCCACUAAGAGGAGAAUCUAGCAACCAGAAUGACCUCAUUUGCUUUCCAAGUGCUUAGCCUCAUCACACCACAGUACACCAAUGUUCACAGCGACAACAUAAAAAACAUCAGAUUGAUAAUUACUGAGCACAAGUUUUAAAUAUGGACGUUUUAAAAAAAAAAUCCAAGGACCUGUUUUGACAACUCAGGCAUCUUUUCAUUGAAUGGUUUAGAGCGCAUUAAGUUGAUCCAGUUUAUAAUUUUCUUUUCCUUACCUCCUGGAAAUCUCACUUGGUCUUGGAUCCAUCAAAACAACAAAUCAGUUCACUUGAGCUCAAAGUAUCAAGCACAACGAAGAUCAACAGAGAAGUAAGGAAGGUUCUAGAGUCACCACUUCUGGAUUUUCAAGACACCGAUUGUGAAGUCAUUAGGGAAUCGUUGGGAAUAUGGCUUCAAGCACAUUUUGCAGUUUGCUACAAAUUCUGUUUGUACAUAAUGCAGACGCACACUCAGGAGGCCAAUUUAACUGUUACGGUACACGGAGCAAAUGCAGCAUUUUAAAAGAUCUAGAUUUUUUUAGAUCAUUAAUGUAUCCUUCUUGGUUAUUAUUAGUCACCUGGUUCCUCCUAUUGUGCAUUCUGACCACCAGGUAAUUCAUUCUCACUCUUUCAAAUUUGGGUUGUUCCCACGUCCAUCCCAUCAGUAGGGACAUUUUCAGUGUUUUCUAGCAAGAAAAAAAAAAAAGUAAUUCAAAUCACCGUAUAUGUUAUCAUGACUGUCAUCUUGUCCUAAAUCUCUUCCAUUGUUGAGUCAUCCUAGCAAAACAGCUGAAUCAAACUGGAGAAAACACAGCACACCAAAGAAGCAGAAUACUGCAAACCAAAGACAUUUAUUACUUGCCAUUUUCUAGCCUAAAAAUACUGUGAUUACUUUUAGAAAUCAAAAAACCUCUGCAACUCCAAAUGGCAUUCAGCUCUUGCAUUUGGCUCACCAUCAGGCUGAGCGGACCAGCUCCGCUGAGGACUUUAGCCAAGCCACCCAGGGAGUGGCUUUGCCACGCCAGCUCUGGUUCCUGGCUGUCACCUUCCCACAGCAAGCAGGAGUGCGCCCACAGAACUCUGGGAGAUUGCGAAGGUCACUAUGUGCAUAUUUACCAGUGAAUGGCCCCAGGUGGGCACCAUGGGGGUGUUCAAAGCAAGCCAAACGCUGCAAUGAUUCUUUACAGACACUUGAGACUGACUUUUUUAUGAAUUACUUAAUCGAAACCAAAGAAACUUUUUCUGCACCUACUUCUGCAACAAACAAAACUGUCCCAUUAAGAUGAAUAAGUAAACACAUAAAUCAAUGAAAAAUCACCACCAACAAGAAGGAAGCACGCCAGAAAAAAAAAAAAAACACAAGAAAACAGCGAGACACACUGUGUUCUAACAGACCUCUUGGGACAUUUUUUGGAAGCAGAUUUUAAAGAAAGGGUUGAGACAAGAAUUGAAAUAAAGAAAAGCCUCCGUGGCUGCUGCUUCAUUUGACAACUCAUACGGUAAUCUUAAAGGUGAAGAUUGUCUUUAAUUUGUGCCUAUGCAGUUUUUCAAAAGAACACGGAACAGAGCAACAGAAACCUCAACAGCUACAAUACCAAAGAUGAGGAUUUCUCACACCUUUUGUUUCAGUUCAUUAUCUCCUCUUGCCUGGCUAAAAUACUAAUAGCGCCAUUGAUCUGUGUAAAGGUAAUCAAUUUUGUUUCUGAGCAACAAAAGGAAAGGGUCAUUUAUUUGAUUUUAUUGUUUCCCUUUAAUUUUAUUUUAUGGCUUUCUACCCCAACAUGGAAUCUCUCUAAAGGUUCCAUGGACUCCCAAGUUCAAGAUGUUGGGAUACUGAACGAUUCUCUUCUCUCUGCUCCACGGAGUGUGGGGAGUCAUGUUAUCACUUGAAUGUUCUUUGCUUAUCCCUUAGACUUGGUUGCUUCUAUGUUCAGUCUCAUCCUCAAGGGAGGGAAGGGGAGUGAGGGUCAGGGUUAGGGGUCUUGGUGACACAUCCUCACCCGAGCCACAGAACCAAAGAGUUUAUAGAGGAAUUGACAGCCUCUUCAUAUGAUCGCUACAUCCUAACAGGGCUUCAUUUGGGGGUGAGGAGGCGACAUGUGAAAAUAAUUGCCAGUUUCUACUUUUCUAUUAGCUUUUUAAAAAAUCAGCUGCAAAGUUGCAUUUCUAAAGAAAGAUAUAUAUAUGAUAUAUGAACACAUAUAUAGAUUCAACUUGACCUUGGUGAUAACCCGGAAUUACUGCGGUCCAAAUACAUGUCUUGUUCUUGUCACGUGCUUCAUUUAUUAAGUAUUCAGUUCAGAAUUUUGCUCAUUUCUCAUGCCAUCUCAAAGUUCAUUUGCCACUGUGGAUGACUUGGAGGAUUCAGAUUUCUGUGAAAAUUCCUGGGAAAGGUUGAAAGGCAAAUUCAAGUAUUUCAGCACUUAAGCUGUUGGUAAAUAGAUCCAUGGUGCAAAUGAGUUUUAUUGGUAUUUGGAGUCUUCUCUAAUCUAUGCCUCAACCGUAGAUUGAUCAAGGUGGUGAGUUGAGGUCCAUCCACCGGACCUGGCCCCAAACUGGGCCAGGCCAGUGGGGUGCUCAUCUUCCGGAACUGUUGGGAAGGCUCAGUGGUCCCUUCCCCCCAGUUCUGGAGAUGAGGCCAGCCCCGAAAUCUUCUCCAGGAGCUUUCCUGUCCCAUCAGGGUGUUUCAGACCCUCCUCAGUGAGAAGAUCCACCAAAGGUACCUCUCAGAGGGGAAGUCCAAGUUCUGUUACAAUGGGUUGAUCAGGUUUCCUCAGGGUGGUAAUUGCCAAUUCGUACAGACAAGCCUGUGUGCAGCACAGCUGGCACUGGGUUGAGGCAGUGGUGUUAGUUGGGGGAAGACAGGGUCCUCAGUCCUAAAGAGAAAACACAAAGCAGGGUUUGGGGAGGAUCUCAGAGUCCUGUCCUAAGAGUUCCAUUGUCCAUUGUCCCGUCUCCUUGCUCCCACCGUGUGGGUCUUCCUUUGCAGGGGCAGCAGCCAUGAAGCUAUGAGGGAACGUGACACUCCAUGGCUUUUGUCACUCAUCCUACCUGGGGAUGUUCCUUGACGUCCCUGUGUCUCUUUCUCAUAGUCCAUGUCUCCUUUGUCAAAUGACCAAAAAAAGAGAGCAUAUUUCAGCAAGGGAGUCCUCCAUAUGGGUUGAUAAAAAGGAAUUACAACUUGUGUUAUUCCCGAAUGAAUCUCUAUGACUUGUGGCCAGUGGAAAUGGUUGUUCUUAUCGAGAGUAGAUGCAGGAACCAAGCCUGCUUGGUUUGAUUAGUGAUUCUUCGGCAUGCUAAUCUCAGCAUUUGGGUCUCUGGCAUCCUCUGAAGAUGUCUAAACCAAAAAGAGGCUGCCUUUGUGGCCUGAGAUUUUAACACUGGUCAAACCAGGUGUAGUCAUGUAUGCCUUCGGUCUCCUGAGAAGAAUGGCAUAAUGUAAAAAAGGCAAGAACUUCCCUCCAAGGACUUUUGACAAAUGUCUCAUACCAGAUAAUGUCAUACCAGAGAGAAAUGCUUGCUUUAAAAAAAUUACAUACAUACAUAAAUACAUGUGUGUAUCUCUAUAUUUAUGUAUCAAAAUUUUAAGCCGUACAGAAGGUCAAUUCGUCAAAAAUCUGAAAGAAAAAAAAAUCCUGCAAAUUGAAAGAUAAUGGAACUUGACCCAUGCAUGAGUUUCCUCGUGUAUUUUUAAAACUUAUUUUAAUUUACUAAUUUCAGAGAAAAUAACAGUCUGGUCCUGGUCAUAGUCUAGGAUCCAUUUUCUCAAUCCAAGAAAAAUUCCAGGCAUGCCUCAGCCAUCAACAAUGGAAGGGACAGGGUGAAGGGACAGUUCUGAAUGAAAAUACACAUUCUUGAGGCAACAGAAAUCCAAAGGCUAUUGAGUGGACAACUACUUUUUUUUUUUUCCUUUAGGUAAAUACGCUUGCUUUACUUUUGUUUUCAAUGUGAUUUGGGUACCGGGGAUAUAAUUCUUUCAUUCCAGGAAUGUUUUUAAAAGAGUCAAUAUGUUUCUUUUUUAAAGGAAAACAGCAACAACAAUAAAAACUCAAGCCCCAUCUCAGAGGCUCUUCCAAAAUGUAGUGUGUAGGUAUACCAUGCCACUUGAAGGUACAGGCAAGAAUGAGUCGUGAAGGACCCAGCUUGAUGUUGAUUAAAGCAUUGCCCCUGCAGGCUCUUGGCCAUUGUGGGUUUAGGAAAUUCCAGUUGAUUUUCAUUCCUACCUAAAAUAAAAUAAAAAUUGGGACGGUAAAUCUGAUACAUACACACACACACACACACACACACACACACACACACACACGUAUAUAUGCAUGCAUUGUUGUAAGUCAAACCAAGUAUUUCAAAGCCAAACAGAAAUACUUUUUAUAUGACCAUCCAUUUUACCUUAUCUAUGCUCGGCAUCCAUUUAUUCGUGCCAAUAAAUUAAAGUUGAACAGAUUUAUAAAAAAGUUACUACCACCUGGAUACAGGGGGGAUGCGCCCUCACUUUUGAAAAUGCUGGUAGAAUUAUAAAAGUGGCUGUGUAGUUACUGUUAACCAUAGUGGGAGGACAAUACACCUUUGCGGUGAAGUCUAAUUUUCAGGAAGUUGCAUAGUAGGAGUUUUUAAAACUAUAAAAAGAAUAAGCUGGGUUAUAAUGUUGUUGAAUAAUAUUGGCCUCUAAGAAAAAGGAGAGAAAAGGAGGUGAUACACGUGGUCCAGGUUAACCCCAAGGCCCAGACACAAGUACUGUGAAGAUAACUGUCAUGAUUCCUAACAGAUCAGAGCUGAUUUUUUGUUGUUGUUGCUGCUGCUGGUGCUGCUGUGUGUUUCAGACUUGUUAGCCUCGCCAGGAAGAGUGAGUGGGAAACGGCAGAUGGAGAAGCGACACAGCUGACGCCUAUAACUUCCUGAUAUUUACCUGCAAGGCUGGACAGAUGAAUAGUUUUGUACCUUUGAGGCCAAGUCACCUCUAAAAUAGCAGGAGAUUCUAGUUAUCAAGUAAGACUACAAAAUCCUUCCUAAAGGAAGAAGGGGGCACCUGAAUUUGUUGUAAAAAUCUCAUCAAGUUAAUGACAUUGGCUUUAAAUAUGGGUGUCCCAAUGCCUGCUUUCCAUUCAUGAUUUGUUUCUUUCCAGGGGCAGGGAGGGUGUAUUGUUUCAGAAAGUCUCAGAAUGCAUUAUAAAAUACAAAAAUGAUUAUUAAAACAAUACAGGGCUCACAUAGGUAGAUACAAAGCUUAUAAUUGAGGUGGAUGAGCUAUUGUUGCAGGAAUCUCACAGGGACCGGAAAUGCUUAUUGUUCUCAGACACCAAAAUGACUCUUGACAGUCUGAGGCAAUUUAAAACUAGAGCCCAAGCUUUUCCUUACAGGGUUUUGGUUUUGGUUGACCGGAAUUAACCAGCUGAUACCUUUUUAGUAGAGAACGUAUGUAUAGGAAAAAAACACAUUGUGGCAGGUUUGUUCAUCCGUGGAAGCCUUCCACUCGGCUCCAUCUUUAGCAGCAGGCAUUUCAGAUAGCGUAAACCUUGGCAGAUAAGUUUACCUAAAGCUUAUACAGUCUUUCAGCUUGGAUGGAUACAGAUUUAUUUAGAUACAAUGUGUAUUCUCAUAGGUGUCCUUAUAACAACACACAUUAUCCAUGCGUUUCUAGACUGUGCAUAGAAACACGUGCACAGACAUCUCCAUACAUAUAUACUGUCAUCUGUUACAAUAAAUAAAUUUUAAAUGAUCAUUUCACAUGUAUGUGGUGCUUCUGCAAUGUACAGUGUUUUGAUUAUUUAUUGUAACAUUGAAAGCUAAAGGGGAGGAAAACAAAACUAGUAUCCCAGCAUCUUCCUUGUGUACACUUGGAAUUACUUUCAUUUGGGCACAUCCAAGAUAAAUUCAACUUUCAAGAAAACUUGGAUAUUAUUUAAUCAUCUGUGUAAGAAUGAUACAUAUGCUUGAUGACUUCGGUUGAAUAGCUUUAUUCUGGAUCUCUCAUAACUGAAGCUAAAUCCAAAGACCUGAAAAGGGACAAAAAAAAAAAAACACAAAGAAAAAGAAGGAAAAAAAUAGCAAAAUAAAGCGCAAACUAAUAGGGAAAAAAUGGGCUCUGGUUUCCAGGGUUGAGACGAUGGUGACAUGGUAUUGUGGGGGUACGCUAGCUAGAGAGGGGAAGUGGUGAUUUUGUUUUCAUGCUUGUCACUUAAAUGGUCUUUCUGAACAGAGAAAGUGUUAGAGGUUAUAAUUUCCUACUUUACCUUCUUUUAGACUAUUGAGAGAGGUUGUACAUUUUGUCCAUCAAAAAAUGACGACAGUCAAAAGGAACAUUUUUUUUUUCUUGUCUCUUUGGGUUAUGACCCAACAAGCUAACUACCAUUGUAAUUAAUUUAUUUAGUUUCUAGCACAGAAAUGUAUAGGAUUUUGAUAAUUAUUUAAUCAUCCUUCCUUAGUUUGAUUUUACUCCUUGUGCUUAUUUAUCAAAACCUAGACCAAUGGUGCAUCAGAGAUGCAAAAUCCACUCUUAGAAUUAUCUUGAAAAUUCGUUUGCUUUAUAAAGCAGUGAAAUUCUGUUACAGACAGGGAAGAAAUACAAGUUACAGGAAAAAAAAAACCGAGGUAUGUUUCCUUCUUGAAUUAACUUUGAAAGUAGUUUAAAUAACAAUUAUUAAAUUAUUUAAGUUCGCACCCCAACCUGGUACCAGGCGAACUUCACCUUUUAAUUAUUGGGGCCCGCAGAGCCUCCAUAAUGUAACUUAUUUAUUUAACUUAUUCAGCAUCUGCGAAAGGUGCACUGUAUAGUUUAUAUUUUUUAUUUAAAACAACAGAGAGCACUGCAGUUUGUUUGCUGUCAGAACAACAGAGCAAUGUUUGUGGACAAGCAAUGACUAUUCAACUUGAACCUGUGCAUUCAGAAAUUAUAAGCCGAGACCCUGCUUCACCAGCCUGGAUUUCGGGGCUUCUAUACAGAAACUGGAAAAAUACAUUUAAAAAAAAAUCAUAACAGCAAAAAGAGAGAAACCCUUACACUAGCUGCUUCCAAGAAUGAACUCUGUGUGUGUAAAACAACAAAACAAAAAACGAAAAGAAAAAAAAAAGCAGAAAAAAAAGAAAAUAAAAAAAGGAAAAACUUUCUAUUUCUAGUGAGAACCAAAGAAGGCUACCUCACUGACUUUUUCCAUUUGUAAUUUUAAUCGUGUUGAUGACACCAAAGAUACCAAAGAUUUCUUUCUCUGUGCGGUCUGCAUUUUGCUUGUGCUCUUUUAUAAUUUUAACUAUUCUCUCUGACAUAUGGUAUGUACAGCCACAGCUCAGAUACCCCAAAGAAAGAAUUAUCUAUGCGACGGCGGCUGCUAAUUGGGAAAGGGAUAUUUUCUGUGUUUCUCUCAUUUAUUCGCUGUCCCCACAUGUUUGGGAGGCAAGUUCAUAUGCUGCUGUAAUUGGAUUCCUUAAGUUCCAAUUCCCAAUGGGUGAAGAAGACUGGUUGGAAGUGGCCUUCUGUUCUAGCCAUGACCUUGUCCCCGCUUUGGCGAUAUCGCAGUAAAUAUUUCCUAUUACUGGACCAUAGAAAACCUGAUCACUGAAAACCUAAUCAGAGAGCUGGAAGGGACCUUAGCAACCAUUUAGUCCAACCUGCAGAGGCAUGGAGGAGUGAAAUAGUUAUCUGCGUUGAAGAGCUACACAGAGCCAGGCCUCCUGCCGCCUGUUCCAGUGCUGUGUCCAUCGCUCAGCACUAUCUCUGCAUGAGACGGGCUGUGGGUUGGCCAAGAGGAAGGUGGCAAUCCUUUAGCAAUAGGGCUUAUCACUGAACAUUUUCAGAUGGUCAAGAAAAUCACAGCAUUUCAAUGACAAGUUAGAACCUCAACAGAUAGCCACAUAUAGCCAGUUGCUUGUAAAGGUGGCCAGCCUUGAAAUAUAUUAGGGCCUUUAGAGAGCUUUUUGCCCUGAUGAAGCUUCCCAUUAUAAAGUGGUUGUGUGUGUGUGUGUGUGUGUGUGUGUGUGUGUGUGUGUGUGUGUGGUGUGUACACUUUCCAUUGAGUGAGAAGAGAAAGUUCAUUCUUGGUCUGUUGAGUUUAAUUAUUAUGGAUAUUUUUAGGUUGGUAUUUAUCAGAGAAAGGGAAUUUGAUCACUUGUGACAUUUAAGCUGUUCAGCUUUUUCCUUUUCCUCUUGACUUGGAGGUGUUUAUAUUGUGUUUCUAGGCCAACUCUGUAUUUAUGAGAGAAGAUUAAGCCUUACAUCAGUGGGUGCUAAAGGAUUGUUCACUAUAAAUCAAAGAGGACCCCAGAAUUUCAGAGGAAUAGACAAGCCAGUUUAAGAAAUGAUGACUGCAAGUUGCUUCUCUCUUCCCUUCUUAGUCAUGAAAUUAAUUGGUCUUCUUUUGAUUUCAUUAAAUGAUUAAGUCACUGUUAAGAUCCAUUCAUCAGAGUGAUUUUUAUGUUAGCCAAUGAAUCAUUCUCAGCUUUUGACCAAGUGGGUUUUAGACACAUGCAAAGAUCCGCCUCCUGCCUGCAUAGCUCUUUACUGAGUGCUAGUAUUUUGCUUUUCACGUGAUGCAGUUAUCUUUGAGCUUUUCAAGAGACCGUAUUGAAACAAAGGAGCUAGGAAAGGGAAAGACCAAUCAAUGCAUCUGUUUCAUGCCUCAAUGGAGUGCAGCUAGUAGAGGAAUUUAGAAGAGAGACUGAUCGACUUUAGAGAAUAGUCAUCCCCUUUCUGUAGUUUCCAAGCACCAUACUGACAUAUGUGAACAUUCUCUCCUGUCCAAGCAAGCUCAAGACUCCAUCUUCCCCUUAUACAUGGCAAGCUUGUAAGGCCUUCCUUCCAAACAGCAAAUUGUGUUAGUUUUCUUCCCCAAUUCCUAUUGGAAAUAGAAUUCUCAGGAUACCUGGGAGCCACAACAAAGAAGAUCUGAUCCCUGAGCAGCAGAGAGCUCUCUAAGCAAAUACCACCUCCCCCGUCUUCCUACCAACAGGCCCCUACAAGAGGGAACCUAAAGAGAGCCAUGGCAGCCUGAACACAGAAAACAUCCCCAAUUGGCAGACCCCUCCUCCGCAAUCCCCCCUCAGCCUCAUGCUUCACUUGCAAAGUGUGACAUAACCACGGGACGAGUGCCUUGCUUGAACCAAAGCAACGAUUUAGCCAGUCUGGACCUCUCUGUGCUUUUUUUAAUCCUUCCUGUGAAUACCUCAGCUUCAACUGGGCCUCCAUACAGUAAAUUGGUGGGCUUAUUGUACUGUGGUGCUUUGCAAUGCAACCCUGCAAAGAACAAGAUUUGUACUAAUACCAAAGGUUCUUUCUCUGUGUCUCUUCUUCUGCUCCCCCGUCCUUCUCCCCUUUUCUAGUUCUUCACGGUUCCAAAGCUUUAAUAUGAACCUGGGCAUGUUGGCAAUGCAGGCCGCGCAAUUCCUUACCGAAUUUUCUCAGAUAUACCUCAUAGAUAAUAGUGUUUAGAGUAAUGUUAUUAUAGCGUAUGUAAUAAAUUAUUCACUGUUUCUUUUUGGUAACUGUGAUUUAAAAAAAGAAAAAAGAAAAAAAAAGCUUUAUACGUUUUAGGUUGUGCUUUUGUAAUAGACAAAAAGGUGCGCUUAAAAAAAAAAUGUAUGUUCUUUUUUUUUUCCCCUUUGGAUUUUUAUUUAUUCUGGAUUGGGGAAAGUUGCAGAAUGAGCCCAAAGUUUACAGUUUCAUAUUUUGCUGAAGAAACAAUCUGUGUUCAUUUGCUCUGUUGAAAAAAAAAAUUAUUUUCUACAUUUGUGCUACUUGGUCUGAACAAUUAAUUGUUCUGUGUUAACAGUGUAGUAUUAUAAUUAGCAACUGCCAAUCAGUGCUAUAAUUUUAUGCAUGAGGCUAAAAAAUUAGCAGUGUGAUGCAUUGUGGUCUUAAUAGCAACGUUUCAUUUUGAACUAGAUCUUCCCCUUUGGUUCAAUGGACUUUAUUUAUGCAUGGGCGCCAAUUGUUUGUUAGCAGUUGUGGAACAGUUGUGUAUACAUUAAACUGUGAAAAUGUACACAGUUCAGCCUCAGACAGUGGUAAUAUUGGUUUUCUUGGGAGAUGUCUCACCUCAAAAAUACCUUUCCACCUGUUGGGAUUUUGGAAUGAGUCAGAUUGAAUCGAGUUCAAAUUUUAUAGAAAAGGUCAUUAGCCAACUUGCCGGCCACAACUGGGACCCUCAUAACCCAGUUGUCUCACUCUGUGCGAGAGGGGUUUGGAAACAAGCAUUGAAAAGCAGCUCAACUCUGCAUUUUUAAUGUCCACUAAAAGGAGUCAUUUUGGCUUUAUGUUCUUGACCUCGGACCUAACUGGCCAUGUGUAUGGAGAUGUGAAUUCAUCUAGCUCUACCCUGUCCUGGGUCUCUGCUUGGGAAUGGCCACUUUGACUGUGCUUUGUUUCUUCCAGUAUUUUGUUAUCAGGUGAUUCCCAAUAGAAACUCAAAUGGCAUCAAUAUCAAUCAUUUAUUCUCUGGCUUUUUUGUCCAUUCUCCUGGAUAGCUGCACUGACUAUCCCAGUGAUUUGGGCAAAAAUAGAUGGCCGUUCCCCAAAAUAUCACCUGUGCAGCCAUAUCGUGGUUCUCCCUCCCUAGAGUCAGAGAUGACUCUAACUUAGUCUUUCUUGCCCAACAAUGUUACAUCUAUACUAAAGGGGAUAGAAGAAGUAUUAAAACCUAGUUUAGGAAAACCAUCUUGGUUUCAAGUCCCAGUAGCUAAGGCCUCCAAAAAUAUUUUUCAGUAGCAUUGGAUUGGGCAAACUUUCUUAUAUUUUGGUUCUGAGACCCAUUCUCAAGUUUCAUACCUAUUUUCCAAACCAAUACACUUGACAUAAAGCCAAAUCAACCGCCAAGCACACUUUGCAGCUAGGACACAGUGGUGGGAACACAGCAGUCUGCUGUGCAAACUACUGGAAACCACCAACAAUAGAGCAUUCGUAUUACCUUCCAAUGAGAAUAUAUUGGGAAUACACUUUCAUUAAUACCAAGAAACCUUUUUAUUUGGCCUUAUAAAGUAGAUUGUGAUCAUGAAAGCUUUGUAAUAUAGUUUUGUUUUUUAACUUUUCCCCUUAUUAAUCUGCCAAAGAUGGGAAUGGAUACAAGAAUUUUUUUGUAAGACAGUUAAUGAUUGUAAUAGUGUUUAAUCUUCCAGAAAGCUUUAUGUGUUCCUCUGCAAUAAACCGAAUCGAUAUUUGUUUCAGUCACGUUCUCCUCUCACUCACCAACCCACUUACCAUUCCCCCUGGUGCAGACACUGUAGGAUCUACAAGGUUCAAAUGCGUUUUCCACCCAAAGGAAUGUCUGAGACGUGAGCGUACCCAGCCCUUUUGAUUCCAAGUAACACAUGGGUCUGGUUCACUAGGAUUUGCCAAGAAGACUUGUCUUAUGAAACUCGAGGUCUAUUUUGUUAUGCCAUUUUAUGUCUUUUCUUUUUAAAAAAAAAAACUUUGUGGAAAGUGAUGUUGAAUCAAGUGUAAGCUGAGUUCUCCAGACAACUGAAGUAGCUACAUCGUGAAUGUUAUUUUGUUAUUAAAGGGUUUUUACUCAA